AUGACACUCCCGCACACGGAGGGCGACGACGGCAGCCCAGAGGGACCACUGCCAGCACCUCCAACUCCGUUGGUGCCUCUGGGCAACAACAUUUUCCUGUUUGAACCCAGUGUCCCGUCAGCGGCACACGACAAGAUCAGUGGUAGUGGCAGCGCCAGCGGAUGCCCGCCGCCGUCCCUGAUCAUUCUCUGCACGUGGCUUGGGGGCGCGACCACGCCACGGGUCGCCAAAUACGUCGAGGGCUACCGGAAAGCAUUUCCCGGUGCGACCCUUGUCUUGGUCCGUACAGUCUUUGCCGAUAUCUCGGCUCGCUCGUUUGCGGCCGUCCGUUCUCGGCUGCGGCCAGCCCGAGACGCCAUCAUCAAGGCGUUGCAGCCGCCGCCGACGACAACUCGGACUACCGAGUCCGGCACCACCAAUCUUGUCAUUCCUCAGGCCCUGCUCCACAUGUUUUCCCACGGCGGCUGCAAUACGGCAAUACAACUGGCCCUGUCCAUAUCCGAGGUGGCCGGCACGCUUCUGUGCGACCACCUGCGCCAGAUUGUCUUCGACUGCUGCCCGGGCGACACUUCAUUCGCCAAGGCCUUCAAUGCGGCGAUUUUGUCACUGCCCGCUACCAGCUCGGCCCCCAUCCGAGCUCUCGGCACGGCUGCCAUAUUCGCGGCUGUGGCCACCAUCACGGCGCUGCAAAAGGCCGGCUUCAUGUCCUCAGUCAACGAUAUGCGGCGUGAGCUGAACAAGCCAACCCUGUUCGGCACCGCCGCCCGUCGGCUCUAUCUCUUCUCCCGUGCUGACCGCAUGGUGGGACCCGCUGACGUCCAAUCCCAUGCCCAGCUCGCGCGAGAAGCUGGAUGUGAGGUUGGGCUUGUGCUCUUCCGAGAGGCGCCCCACUGUGCACUCGUCACCGAGGACGCGACCAAAUAUUGGCGUGCCAUCCAAGGCUGCUGGAUGGGGGAGUCUCUGCCGCAACUAAAUGGCGAGUCAAAGCUACGCCAUGGCCUCCCAAACCCUUCCAUUCGUCUUCCAUCUUCUCAUCGAGACAGCCGCAGCCGCGUCCUUCAUCUUCCGACCGGAACAACAACUGCCCGACUGCUCCGCGGCUGCGAAGCUGAUUUUGCGCCAGUACGGCGGGCUUCUCCUCUCAACAAACCUCGUCUGUCUGGUCGCCAUCUUCCACCACCAGCCACCCUCUUGCGGCACGAGACUUCUCGCUGCGGCUCUAGGCACUUAUCACGCCUGGCCCAUCCAUCGUGCUCUCGCGCGUCUACAGUACAAGGUACAAGGCGACAGCGAAGGACAAGGCGCCGCGUUGGGAGGGCCGGCUGUGCAUUUGGUGUUGCACUCGCUGUGUCUUGCCGCUUUCCUCGCGGUGGCAGUCUUUGGAGACGACAAGGGGGCUUGAAGGACUGA